AGUUCAUGUCGGAAUAACACGUUUGUGUCACGCGUGGGAAAUAAUUGACAUAUGGAACAGAGAAUGAAUAGAGUCGUAUUACCGUAUUACUUUCGGUUACACUAACAGAAUGGGUGCGACUUUUAUAAUACUAGGUACUUCAAUGCUGGCUUUGCUGUUGGCUGGAUAUUUUGCACAGCAGUACUUACCACCACCCAAGCCCAAAAUUGUAGGGAUUGAUCUUGGUACCACGUUCUCCUGUGUAGGGUUGUACCAUGCUGUCUCUGGCACUGUUGAUGUGCUAGAGGUUCAGGAUGGACACAGAUGUAUUCCCAGUAUGGUGGCCUUUAGUGAUGAUGGUGUUCUCGUUGGGUAUAAAGCCAUGGCUCAAAGUGAACACAAUCCCCAGAAUACAUUGUACGAUUCUAAGAGGUUCAUUGGCAAAGUUUUCUCCAAAGAUGAUGUGAAGAAAGUGCAGAAGCAAUAUUCAUUUAAGCUGGAAGCAGAUGAGUAUGGUAUGGUUCACUACGUUGUGAAAGUUAACGGAACAGACAAGAAGGUUCUUCCAGAAGAGGUUGGUGCCAUUAUUAUUGGCAGUCUGAAGCAGGCAGCAGAACACAACUUAACUACAGCAGUUAACAAAGUGAUCAUGUCUGUACCAGCAGAAUUCGAUGACCUGCAGAGAAAUUACACAAAAAAGGCUGCAUCAAUAGCAGGCCUCGACUGUUACCGGGUGAUUAAUGAACCGACGGCUGCAGCCCUGGCUUACGGUCUUCAUAAGAAGCAGACACUACAGACUGUACUGGUAGUUGAUCUGGGAGGAGGAACGCUGGAUGUGUCACUGCUUCGAUCACAGGGUGGCAUGUUUCUCACUCAGGCAAUGGCAGGAAACAACCGUCUUGGUGGUCAAGACUUCAACCAAAGAUUACUUGACUUUCUAUUGAUGCUCAUCGAAAAACGACAUGGCAUACGGGUGACAGAUAAGGAAGAUCUACAGACACUACGACUUCAUGUCGAGGAGACCAAGCUUCGACUAGCCUACGAAAACCGAGCAGAAAUCAAAAUGAACCUUCACUCGUUAGGCAAUGAGAACUUCAGUGAGGUUAUAACAAGGAUGUUGUUUGAAGAAUUAAAUGCUGACUUGUUUAACAAGGUGUUAGAACCGGUGAAAAAAGUGUUAGAGGCUGCUCACCUUGUCAAAGAGGAUGUGGAUGAAAUUGUUCUAGUCGGUGGUUCAACUAGAAUCCCCAAAGUGCGUAGUUUGAUACAUAUAUUUUUUGGCAAGAAGCCCAACACAUCGGUGGACCCUGAGCUUGCUGUUGUGACGGGCGUCUCGGUGCAGGCAGGGAUUAUUGGUGGAAUGUGGCCUUUGACAGUCAGUGCCGUCGAGCUUCCAACUCGCGUCACCAAAAUACAUGUGCAUUAAAUAACAUUCCUGAUUUAGUAGGCAUUAUUUAUGGGAUAUUAAACGAACUUCUAUUUCGUUUGAUUUUUAUGUCCCAUGUG